CCACAGUUCUAGUAAAUUAUAAAAUGCUGCCCUUCAGAGAGCUUUUCUAGUCUUACAUAGUCAUCAAAGUAUCAAGUCUGAAGACCUGGCGUACGUGGGCCCCACUACGUAAAAAUUGCGGCAAAGAGAGUUGAUUGGCUUCUGAUCAAAUUACCAGAACUUUAGUUAAGUUCAAUAAUCGUAGGUGCCAACGUCUUGAAAACAUGAGCAUGUCUACUGAAAAUACCGAAACUACCCAUUUAUUAUCCGUCGAUAAUCAACCGCGAUAUGUCACGUAUAGGCCAUCGUUAAUGCAGCAAAGAUAUCGACGUUUAAGAACUUUUCAGUGUUGCGUGUGUUCUAUUUUAAUAAUUUUGCUCGCUGUUUUGAUAGUGUUUGCGGUAGCUUUUAGCAUUAAAACCGACCCUGAAUUGACUGAUGAUGACGACACGAAAGCAAAACCCAGAAAUAACACAAAUUUGCUCUUAAAAUUGUCGUGGCCCAUAACCGACAGCGCCCAGAAAAACAUUUGCUUUGAUCAUGAUAGCGACUGGAAAGACGCGCUGGAUUUCGCGUCAAAUGCACUCCGAAGUCGUGAUUCGUUCGAAAAAUUGGCACCAACUCUACCCGUGGAUAGCCCCAGCUAUAGGCACCAAAAGGUGUUCAUUUCUUCCAAUACCAGUAGGUUACUAGCCCGUGAGGGAUUUGUCAACGAAAAUGCUCGUAGAUAUCUUCGAAGGACAAAUAAUGUGACGUUUUCACUUUGUACAAAAAAUCAACCUAGCAAUAUGACAAGAUGCAAUGAGAGUCAAAGAUAUAGAACUUACGAUGGCACGUGUAACAAUUUGAAAAAUCCUUUCAAAUAUGGAGUUGCUUUUACGCCAUUUAGACGAGCUCUUCCGCCCGACUACGGAGAUGGAUUUAGUGAACCGAGAAUUGCUAAAGAUGGUGGAGCUCUUCCGUCUGCUAGAGACGUUAGCGUGUUGGUCCAUCGUCCGAUUUACAGACAUGAUAACAAAUUUACAGUAAUGCUAGCGGUAUGGGGCCAAUUCAUAGAUCAUGACAUUACUGCAACCGCAUUAACCCAAACCAGUGAGGGCAAACAAAUCGCUUGCUGUUUAGAAAACGAACACCCCGACUGUUUUCCAGUUCAAAUUUCGACGAACGACCCCUAUUAUGUACAACAUGGGAUAACAUGUAUGGAAUUUGUCCGUUCGGCUGCUGCUUCAAGUGACCAUUUUGAACCACGGCAACAACUUAAUCAAGUGUCAUCGUAUCUUGAUGGAUCUGUAAUUUACAGUACUUCUUCUGACACAGUUGAAGCACUACGGCAAUUUCAAGAUGGAAAAUUAAAUGUGCUUGUUACCACCGAUAACAGGACCCUAUUACCACCCUCCUAUGAUGAAGAAGACGGCUGCAACCGUGAAGAACAAAACAAGUUAAACAGAUACUGUUUUUUAACCGGUGACGGUCGCGCAAACGAAAAUUUACAUCUCGCAUCAAUGCAUCUUAUUUGGGUUCGUCAGCAUAACCUGUUGGCGUCAAAUCUGAAGGAAUUAAAUUCAGAGUGGAGUGACGAAAGAAUAUUUCAGGAAGUGCGUAAAAUCGUUAUUGCCCAACUACAACAUAUCACUUACAACGAAUUUUUAAGCGUAAUAAUUGGGCCAACCCUACGAAAAAAAUUAGAUCUUAAUCCUCUCAAGCAGGGAUAUUUCGCUGGUUAUGAUGACAAUAUCGACUCAUCGAUUGCAAAUAAUUUUGCAGCAGCUUCCUUUCGGUUUGGACAUACCUUAAUACCCGCACUAAUAAAAGUUUUGAAAAACGAUUCCUUAAAUGAAGAAGAUAUACGCUUCCACAAGAUGCUGUUUAAUCCAUAUAGUCUUUAUGAACCGAAUGGACUCGAUAGAACUUUACGGGGUGCCCUAAACACAUCUAUUGAAGCGAGUGAUACAUAUUUCAACGACGAAGUGAAGAGUCAUUUGUUCGAAGAUUCACAAAAUCCGAUAUCAAAACCGCAUUACACUUUUGGACUGGAUUUGGUUAGUCUAAAUAUUCAAAGAGGGCGAGACCACGGAUUACCGGGUUAUACGAACUGGCGCCAACAUUGUGGUUUGGAACGGCCAAAACAUUUCAGUGAUCUUGCGGAUGAUAUUGACCAAGAUGCAUUGGCAAACAUCCAGCAAAUAUAUAGAGACGUCGAUGACAUCGAUCUGUAUACAGGAGCUUUAAGCGAGCGCCCAUUGGAAGGUGGCAUCUUAGGACCAACAUUAACGUGUCUAAUAACGGAUCAAUUCAUACGAAUGAAAAAAGGGGACCGAAUGUGGUACGAAAAUCCUUACAAACCUCAAGGAUUUACAUUAGAACAACUUGGUCAAAUAAGACUGACAACUUUAGCAAGAAUAAUAUGCGAUAAUUCGGAUAAUGUUGAUCAAGUGCAACCAUAUGUUAUGCAACGUAUUUAUGAAGGCAAUGAAUACACACCGUGUAUAGAAAUACCGAGGCCGGACCUGACUAAAUGGAAGGAUGCUGACCUCACACGUACCCACAUUUACAGCAAACCCAUAUCUGUAAAAUAAAAGAAUUUGUUGAAAUAUUACAUAAGGUAUUGUCUACCAGUGUGUACCAAAUUUAUGUUCACCUACAUAGUAUAUUUAGUAUGUAAUUGAAAAUAAUAACCGAAUAUGAUUCCAAUAAAAAUACAUUUUACUCACUGACCCAAUUUAAAAUAUAAAUAGCUCACAAAUUCUCGUACAGAGCUAUUUUCAUACAUAAAUAAUUAAUGUUGCUCAGGAAUAUUGUCAUCCUCAUACAGAUAAUAGCUCAGUACCUAAAUAAUUAUAAAAAUAGGAAUAAUUCGUUCGCAAACGAAAAGUGCCUAAGCAAAAUCUAAAAUGUGUAAGA